AUGUGGAAGUCUGUUUCGUUCCAAGGCUCGCCGCAGACCAUCGCCCCUGGCCCACUCAAGUCUCCUGUCAUUGCUGCGGCACUGCACGCCAUGUGCGGAGUGGUUGCCAAUGAGCUCCUGGCUCUUCAAGACGGCGGCAGUCCUAUCCGCCAUGUUGGUAUCAAUACAGACCAUGCCGCAUUCUGGCUUGGGUGUGUUGGCAUGGCCAAGCGCAACGGGUCAACGGUCCGAGAGUUGGCUAAACGGGGUGAGCUCGCAGGCAUCUUCUCCAAGGACCUGGAAAAGGGCACGUUUGUAACGCCUUUGCGACUCCGCGCGACAGCCAACUAUCCGACCAAAGAUGAGGGAACCUGGUAUCAGCUUCAUGGGUCACUUGAUGCGGGCCCUGUGCUUCAAGCCGUUGGCCUGGACGUAGAGACCCCUUGCAGCGGGCUCGAUGAAGCCUAUGAGCUCAUCGGCAACCACGUGCGGAAGUUUGGUGCUCACGAAUUGGAGGCCAUCAAUAUUGAACGUGGCCUCUGUGGGAGCAUCUGCUAUACUCCGGAAUCGUGGAGGCAGACGCGGAUGAGCAAAGUCCUCUCCAAGCACCCUCUGGUGAACUACAGGUUGCAGUCACACGCCAUUCCUACUCCAGCGAUUCCGUUAACCCCGGGGCCCGACAAGCGACCUUUGGCCGGCAUCAAAGUGGUGGAAAUUGUGCGGAUCAUUGCAGGCCCAGUGAUUGGAACGACGUUGGCGGCACUAGGAGCCGACGUCGUCCGCAUCAACUGCAGCAGGCUGCCCGACUUUAAUUCCUUGCAACUCACGCUCAACGCCGGAGUCCGCACUUUGGAUAUUGACUUUGACAAAGAGGACGAACUCCAGCAUUUGCUCAGUCUCAUCCAGGACGCCGACAUCUUCGUCCAGGGCUACCGUUCAGGGUCCCUAGCCAGGAGAGGAAUGGGCCUCCACGACCUCUUGGAGAUGGCCGGGAAACGGGGCAAGGGCAUCGUCUACGUCGAAGAGAACUGCUACGGACCAGACGGCCCCAUGCACGAGCGCCCAGGGUGGCAGCAGAUAGCCGACGCCGCCUCUGGAUGUUCAUAUGUCACUGGAAGAAGUCUGGGUCAUACAGACGGCACCUGUGUAUUGCCGGCUCUUCCAGUCCCAGACAUGCUGACCGGCUUGAUUGGCGCAAUUGGGGCUAUGAUGGCCAUCAGAGACCGCGCCCGUCAGGGCGGCUCCUAUCACGUCUUCGCCUCGCUCAUGGCGGCAGCCGCAUUGCCCUUGCAGGCGGAUGUUGGACUUUACUCUCCUGAAGCUGUGAAGCAGUGCAAUGAAAGGUUCCAAUGGGGCGAAACUGGUCCCGAGCUGUUCGUCCUCGAGCUGCUGGAUGUUGUGCUUAAGGGAUGGGCCGAUGUGUUUCCUGAGCGCUUUGGGCCGGUAUCGCCAUGGUUUACCCAACUGGAAGGUGAAUGGGGCAAUUUCGAGCUGCUCAAACCUGUUCUUCAGCUAGCAACCCCGGAAGAAUCUCCGCACUGGUCUUCAGCUCCGGAGCCUAACUGUCACCAUGACAGCCUAUCACUAUCAUGGCUUUGA